AUGAGUUGCAACAACAGAACGCCCCAGAGGAACCACCAGGAAAGCGCCUCGAUGUUCGACUCGGACCGCAUCCUCGACAGGAAAAUCGAGAGACAGGCGCUGCCGGGGAGCUUCUCGUCCAACAUCGGCAGGAAACCGCCUUCCCCUGAAAACAAAGCAUCGGUCCGGUCGGUACGAGCCAUGGUGCGCUUGUUCGAGCAGUCGGCACGCAGUUCGGACAGCGCAAAACCACAAGCCAGCAGGCCGAGCCAGGCGUCCGAUACAAGCGGCAGAGCCGGCGGCGGCAGCGAUGGAAGUGAAGGCUGCCGGGCUCACCACGACAACGACAACAAAGAUCACGAACCAGUUGUCCGGCACACGGAACCUUCAAUGUUUCCCGCUGCGCUGGCAUUCGGCUGCCAAGUCGAGGAGUACUCGUUGACGCUACUCAAGCACAAGUCCUAUUUCAAUAACAGGCCGCUGGCCCGAUGUCUCGACGACUUCUGUGCGAAGGAAAAGGACAGCAAACCGGAGCGGGUUAGGGCCGCGAGGGAUCAAGCCAACGAACCAGCAGUAGAGAAGAAGAGGGGCAACGCAAAUGGAGGCAAAGAGGGUCAGGCAGACCAGGGCACCUGCCCCAUCACGCCGCCCAAUCGAAACCAGACCUCGUCGCCCAUUCAGCAGCUGGAUAGCCUGAGGAGUGGUCUCCUCAGCUGGCAAGGGGAAUCGGAACGCGACACACCAGGACCAGGUCACAAGUGGACGGAACGCGACCCGCGAGAGGUCGACAGGUUCUGGUGCAAGGUGCGCACUGAGCUAUGGCUUGAUGAGGAUGAAAUAUACGCGGGAAGGACCGGACCAGCGGAUAUUGUUGGUGUGGAAACAUCCGCUGGGCAAGACGAAUACCAUUCUUCAGAAUCAGCGGCUUACAUCCUCACCCCGCCCCUCUCAGACUGCUCUAGCCCCGAGCAGGAACACCCUAUUCUCCCUGCACCGACCAGACCUCCGCCCCCGGUGCCGACCGCCGCUCGAAGACAGUUUGAUUCCAUUGACGCGCCCCGCGGCAGGCAGCGCUCGACAACUUCUCUCCAUGAUGUCUCUGACCAAGAUCAGAACUGUCCCGCUUGGGACGAGCCGCCGCCGGCCGCGUUCCCUAGACUGAACAUCUCGGCCCCCAGCGAGGUGCCUAUUGGCGACCUCCUCUCCGAAGGGUAUCUCUAUCCGGAGCCAGAGCUGCCUGCUUUGAGUGAACCCGACCGGCCGCUCCCUGUUCCAGAAACAAGUCCCAGACACUCACGCCACACCAGCAGGAGCAGCGGCCCAUGGAUGCAUCCGCCGACCUGGCGUUCGCCUUUCCCCUUGAGCAGCUCCUCUCCGCCCCCGCCCGUACCGCCGCUGCCCGCGCUGCCGCCGCCAUCCGUGUCGUCAGCAUCAGCAACAACAACGACCACAAACCAUUACCGCCGGCACGUCAGACACCGGCACCAACCUCACUCCUCUAAGGCAUCCACAUCCAUCUCCAUCUCCACCCACAGCGUCGCCGCCACCGACGGCCGCAGCAGUGACGCCAGCGGCAGCGCCCAAAGCAUGCACAGCAGGGAGCGCACGCACAAGACGUCGACCAGCUCCACGGCCACGCGCUCCUCGCGCUCCGGCUCCAGCGCCGACCUCUCGGCGCACCGCCAUCACCACUACCCGCCGAGGACGGCGCCCCGGCGGCGGCUGACGGCGGAGGAGAAGCUAUCCGAGAUCGACGCCUUUCUUUCCUCGGAUCCGGAGCGGGAGGAUUGA